AUGGGGACGGAACAGCUGGACAGCAUGCUGCGGCGCGAUGCAAGGUUUCUGAGAGAAAUCUGGGCAUGGUUCACAGUCGGAGCCGUCGUCAUAUUCCUCCGUUUCUUCGUUCGGAUCCGCAUGGUAGGGCCGAAAGGUCUCAAGGGAGACGACUAUGUCAUGUUCGUGACCUUAAUCAUGUACACUAUCUGUUUUGUGAUGGUGGACCUUGUUUACCGCUACGGCACCAACGUGGACCUCACCGCUGAUCAGAUCAAACUUCUCAAUGAUGAGGAAGUUGCUCGAUUGGUUGAGGGUUCCAAGUUCCAGCAGGUUGCUUGGUACUCAUACACAGCGUACCUUUGGUCCAUGAAAGGCACAUUGCUCUUCUUUUACAGACGGAUGACCUUUGAUCUGUGGCAACACGCAAGGGUACUGACUUACCUGACUUGGUUCACAAUAGCCGCAUACCUAGCAGUUGUUGGCACAAUAACAUUCAGUUGCCUACCAUUUCAGGACAAUUGGGGUGUACGACCCCUUCCAAGUGAGAAGUGCGUCUUCAAGGCACAAAAUCUACUGGUCACUACAUUCUUCAAUGUCAUAACAGAUGCGGCCAUUCUGUGUCUGCCACUGCCAGUCUUGCGAGAAAUCAGAGUUCCGUUGUACAAAAAGCUGUUCAUCGCUGUUCUCAUCUGCUCGGGAUUGUUCGUCAUAGCCGCGGCCAUAAUGAGACUGGCAGUCACGCUAGGCUCAGACCCUUCAACAAUAACAGUCAACCGAUGGGGCGUGAGGGAAUGCGAAAUUGGGCUCAUGGCCAUCAAUGCCCCGAUCCUCCGCCCACUAUUCUCGCGCCGGUUUUGGCAAUGGCAUUACCGCCCACCAGCACGCGAUCCGAACCCGAUGGUAAGCGCGAGAAGAAGCAAAACCACGAUCGGGCAUAGGAGGAGGGCGUUCAAAGAAGAUAGCUUAAUUGGGUGGAUGAGCUCGACCAGAUCGCGCAUUGAGACUGCCGUUGGAACGCGCAGGCAUGGAAGCCCAGUGGACGAAGAGUUGGGAAAGAUUGCUGAUGAGCAGGAACUUGAGCCUUUGGACAAUACCAAUGAGGCUACCGGUGAAGAUCAGGAAAGCUACAAGGAUGUAGUGGCAGCCAACGUGGAAGCUUCGGACUCAGCGAAAAAUGAUUGA